AUGUUGCCAUCUGCAAGCAGUAUGGCCGCGAAUGGAACAUCUCAAGUGCCCCUAAACCUCCAACUAGGAUGGCCAACGCCCCGACUCACGGCCAGAGAAGGACUCCUCCAAGGCGCGGAAGAAGGCCUCGCAGAAGGCUCCAACAUGGCACCCGUCCUGCUCUAUGGGCCGAACAAAGGGCAUCCGCCUCUAUGUGAUAGUCUCGCGAGCUGGCUUUCUGCAGUAUACAAGCCAUCUGCUGGUCCCAGCGAAGCAUCCAGGAUAUGCAUCACCAACGGCGCAUCCGCGAGUCUGGCCAACAUCACGAUGAAAUUCGCCGAUCCAACAUACACUCGACGAGUCUUCAUGGUAGAGCCUACCUACUUUCUGGCUUGUCCUAUCUUUGAGGACUGCGGCUUCCAAGGCAAACUGCGUGGUAUACCGGAGGGUUUGCAUGACGGCAUCGAUCUUCACUUUCUCCGCGCGAAGCUGGAAGAAGCGGAAUCUGAGAACGGGUGGUCGGCCAGACCUCUUGCAAAGACUGGGCCAAACUAUCCACAUAUCUACAGGUAUGUGCUCUACUGCACAACGACCUACUCCAACCCGAGCGCCAAGACCAUGCCAAUUCAGAUUCGAGAGGAGCUGGUGGAGAUGGCUCGCAAGUUCGACAUGUUGCUCAUAUCAGACGAUGUCUACGACUUCUUGGGCUGGUCAGUAGACGAGCGCAGCAAGUCCUCUCCAUUUCCCGCUCCGCCACGUCUUGUCGACAUUGACCGCAGCUUGCCUGAAUGCACCAAAUACGGCAAUGUUGUCAGCAAUGGCUCUUUCGCAAAAGUCAUCGGACCAGGGAUCAGAGUAGGCUGGGUGGAAGGGACGGCUUCGCUGGUAUCUUGUCUUGGCUUGGUCGGCUCGUCCAGCUCAGGCGGUGCUCCUUCACAUUUUGCCUCUACUCUGGUAGACCGAAUGCUUCGGAAUCAGAGCCUGCAAGAACAUAUCCAAAAUAUCCUGAUACCCGAGUACCGAAGACGGUCGCAAGUCUUGACGUGGGCCAUUGAGAAUCAACUACUCCCAUUGGGCUACCAAAUCGAAGCAACAGGUCCAGCACCGGGCCUUGCAGGCGGGUACUUCACCUAUAUACGUGUUCCGUCUUUUUUCACACAACACCGCGUGUUUGCAAAGACUCUGGCGGGAAUCGCACUCCAAGACUACAGACUGCGCAUUGCAUUCGGACACAUGUUUGUCGUGGCCGGAGACGAAAGCAGCAAAACCCGCGCAGAAGAAGAUACGGGCUUCGCUUACUGCCUACGACUGAGCUGGUCUUGGCUGGAGGCAGAACAGAUUGCAGAAGCCAUCGACCGACUAGCGAAGUGUACAAUUGAUGUGCGGGCCAGGGUCGAGGCAGGCGAAGACGUCAGCAAAGGUAUCGAGAUUGGCAUUCGAUAG